AUGUGUGUGUUUUCCAGGAACAGCGUGGCACCCUCUUGUACUUUAUUCACUCUGAAUGUGGGUGUACAGCUUGGUGCCGAGGGAAAUAAUGAACACACAUUUUGCUAUGCCAGGAAAACAGGAACAGCGUUUCAACUAGGACGAAUGCUUAAAGAAGAUUUCCUUGGCUCAGAAGUGGGGAGGAGCUGCUCUUGUACCCCAGGAUUAUGUCCUGGCUACUUGCUAGAACUUGGUUUCCAAAAAUUGCCCCCAAAGGCAGAUUCUCAUCUUGCAAAACAAGAGCAUGGAGCAGGGGACCUCUCACUGCAUACAUGCCAGAAGCUGCAGCCUUUCCUGGACCAAGGGAUCACCAAGGGCUGUAUCAGCUGUCUGUGGAACAGCCAGACACGUUUUGGGGCACACUAGGGAGAAGCAGGCUCUUAUGGAUAAGCCCCUUUCACUGUGUCAGUUCCUGCAACCUACAGCAAGGCCAUUUGUCCUGGUUCCUUGGAGGACAGCUGAAUGUAUCAGUUAACUGUUUGGAUCGACAUGUCCACAGUGCCCCAAAUAAAGUGGCUCUAAUCUGGGAAAAAGAUGAGCCUGGACAAGAGGACCAAAUUACAUACAGAGAAUUGCUGGAGAUGACAUGUCGCCUUGCAAACACUUUGAAACGAGAGGGAGUGAAGAAGGGAGACAGGGUUACCAUCUACAUGCCCCCCUGUCCGAUGGCUGUGGCCAGUAUGUUGGCCUGUGCAAGGAUUGGCGCCAUACACACUGUGGUAUUUGCCGGAUUCAGCUCUGUUGCUUUGGCGGAGAGGAUCCAGGAUGCUGAGUCUGAAACAGUGAUCACAGUGAACCAGGGCUUGCGAGGGGGCAAGGUUGUUGAACUAAAGCAGACGGUGGACCAGGCAGUGAAAUUAUGUCCCAUGGUUAAACGAGUCUUUGUUUCAAAGAGGACAGAAGGAAAGGUUCCCAUGUCAGCCCUCGAUAUACCACUGGAAGAGGCAAUGAUGAAAGAGGAUGUGACUUGUGAGCCUGUUGCUUUGGAGAGUGAAGAUUUUCUGUUCCUCCUUUACACGUCAGGCAGCACUGGAAAACCCAAAGGCUUGGUCCACUCCCAGGCUGGCUAUUUGCUGUAUACUGCCAUCACGCACAAGUAUGUGUUUGACUACCACGAUGGAGAUGUCUUUGGGUGUGUUGCAGACAUUGGUUGGAUUACAGGACACAGCUAUGUGGUUUAUGGACCUUUGUGCAAUGGAGGAACUACAGUCCUUUUUGAGAGCACUCCAGUAUACCCUAAUCCAGGACGUUACUGGGAAACUGUGGAAAGAUUAAGAAUAAAUCAGUUCUAUGGUGCCCCUACUGCUAUUCGCCUACUGCUGAGAUAUGGGGAUGACUGGGUGAAGAAAUAUGACAGAUCUUCCCUCAAGAUCCUUGGAUCAGUGGGAGAACCUAUCAACAAGGAAGCUUGGGAAUGGUACUUCAAUGUGGUUGGAGACAGGCGGUGCCCUGUAGUUGAUACCUGGUGGCAAACUGAAACAGGAGGCAUCUGUAUUGCACCUCGUCCUUCAAACCCAGGAGCUGAGAUCCUUCCAGCCAUGGCCAUGAGACCCUUGUUCGGCAUCAGUCCGUCCCUUAUGGAUGACAAGGGAAAUGUCUUAAGACAGAAUGAUGUCUCUGGAGCUCUCUGCAUCUCUCAGGCUUGGCCAGGAAUGGCAAGGACCAUUUACAAUGACCACCAGAGAUUCCUGGAGACCUACCUGAUGCCUUAUCCAGGAUAUUUCUACACUGGGGAUGGAGUGUAUCGGACAAGCAAAGGGUAUUACCAGUUGACAGGUCGCCUGGAUGAUGUCAUCAAUAUCAGUGGGCACAGGCUGGGCACUGCUGAGAUAGAAGAUGUUGUGAAUACCCAUUGUGCUGUGGCAGAGUCAGCUGUGAUUGGGUGUCCUCAUGAGAUCAAAGGAGAAGGAGCCUACGUGUUCAUUGUUCUGAAGAAAGGCUCUGCUCUGUCACAAGAAAGCAUAGCUUCUGAACUUCGAGAGCUGGUCUCCAAAAAGAUAGCAAAAUAUGCUGCUCCUGAAUAUGUUCAGGUGGCUCGGCGGCUGCCCAAGACUCGCUCGGGGAAGAUUAUGCGGCGGGUUCUGAAGAAAAUUGUAGAAAACAAAGCCAAUGAGCUAGGGGAUCUGACAACUCUAGAUGAUCAUGAGGCAGUGAAGGAGCUCAUUGAAGGACACAAGCAACUUCAGCCAGAAAAGUAGGGCCAAUAGCCCAAAUACCUCAGGUGGCUCUGUAUCUCCAGGCACCCAAAUGUUCUGCAAGCAGCAGUCCCCCAUUCCCCUUCAACAAUCCUUUGCCAAAGAGGAAGCCGGCCUAUUCACUAGGAAUGAGAAGCCACUGACAAAGCCACAAAAACACUAUUUGCCCAAGAGUUAUAGGGAGCCUACUGAGGAGUCGCGAAGAGUUGGACUCGACUGUGCGACUGAACAACAACAACAACUGAGGAACAGGAAGCAUGAGCUGCUUAAUACUGGACAUCAGACUUCUCUUCUUCAGAAGCACUCCCAGGUAGUACAAAGCACUUCUAGAUUUGUUAUACAAUAUCAUAACAGAAAUGCAGGGUUGUGUAUUACAUACCCCUAAAUUCCAACUUAAAAACCCUCAUGCAUCAAGACAAGACUGGCUGGUAUUUGCCUAUGCCAUUCCAAAUUCAGACCCACUUCCUGAUUGUACCACUCAGUGCUUUGGAGACAGAAGAAUAAAAAGAAGAGAUUGGAUUUACACCUCACCCUUCACUACCCAAAGGAGUCUCAGAGC